GACAGAUUUUUAAACAAUUUCAUUGUUGAUGAAACAUAAAUGAAAAUCUCUAAGAUUCCAUUCCAACAACAAAUCCUUGGUCUUUUUCAUUCCCAUCUCUUCUAAACAAGCAUCUCUUCCAACCCAUAUUUGCUUUCGGAUUUUCAUGUAAGUUCUGAUAACCCUUUCAAUUCUCUUGCUACUCCAUCUGUUUCUGUGUUAUUUUUAUGCACUUUUACUUGUAUUUGUGAUGGGUUUAUGGUGGUGUGGUUAGGGCUUCUUCUUCUUCAUUUCUCUCUUCAUAUUCAUCAUAACAAGCUCAACUCACGAUACCAUAUAUGUAAUCUAAUUAAUCCCUUUUCUUUUGGGUGGUAAUUUAUUUUCUGUGAAUGGAAAGUGAAUGUAUGCAACAAUUGACUCUUUCAUUUUAGAUAGUCUCCAUAUGUAUGAUGUACAAUCAGUUUCUUGCUUGCUUACAUAUUCUACAGCACCUUCUAUUCUUCUGCUUUUCAAGUAAAGAAAGAAGAAGAUGAUGUUCCUCUUGACUUCUCUCAUCUCAAACCAUAGUUUAGUUUUCAACUUAUUUCCUAUUCAGGGAAAUUUAUGAACUGGGAAUUUUGCAAUUCCGAUCCUUUGGGAUUCAUGUCAUGUUCCCUUUUUAUUACUUAUGUGCUCUAUGUUAAAGGUGAUGGUGAUUUCAUAGCAUUUUUCAGGGAACCCAUCUGAUACAACGCCACCACACAAAAAUGGUACAGGGAAUGAAGACAAAAAACAGGAAAAGCCCAUCUGUUCAACUCGAUUAUGAAAUCACUAUCAUAGACAUUAAACCAUGGCCUCCAUCUCAGUCCUUGAGAUCACUUCGUUCUGCUUUGAUUCAGUGGGAACAUGGUGAAAAGAAUUCGGGAACUACUAAGGCAGUUGCCCCAUUACUUGUUUCUGGUUCUGAUAUCGGUGAUGGUAAAAUUGAAUUCGACGAGUCUUUUAGGCUCCAUGUGAAAUUGUUGAGAGAAAUGCCCAUCAGGGGUGGGGACAGCGACACUUUUCUAAAGAAUUGUAUAGAGUUCAAUAUGUAUGAACCACGAAGGGAUAAAACUGCAAAAGGACAGUUGUUGGCCACUGCAGUUGUAGACUUUGCAGAGUACGGUCUUGUUAAACAUGGUUUGAUCAUUAGUGUACCUAUGAACUGCAAGAGGACUUUUAGUAAUACCGCUCAACCCAUGCUCUUCCUAAAGAUUCAAACGGUUGAGAAGAAUAAUCGUGCGAGAUCUUUAUCUGGGGAUAGCUUGGUCAGAGAAGGAUCAGUGGACAGAAACUGUUCAGAAGAAUAUGCUGAAGAAGCUGAAAUUGCCUCCAUUACUGAUGAUGAUGUUUCCUCACAGUCUUCCAUGGCUGCAACAUCUUUGACUUCAAGUAAUACAAUUGAAGUCACAGGUAAUACUCAGGAAAUGAUGUCGUCCCAAGGACUUGAACAAGUCAAAGUUUCUAAAGUGGAUGAAAACAUCGCUUCUUUGAAGGUGAUGGAAUCCCAAGUCAAUGUUGUGGAUGAUCAAAAAUCUUGUAUGCCAUUGUCAAAUAACGAUGAAAGUCAAAAUGGUCAAGAAAACCAAAUCAUGGGAGAUCUUGAGUCUAACAUUUCAAGUGCUGAUAGAUUUAUAAAGGGGAAGCCUGCCCGUUCUCCAUUAGAUUCAGGCUAUGGCAAUGGAUCUUGGAGGAGUAGCAAGUUUGGGGAAAAGAUCAAAGAUGGUUUUCACACACAGAAUGAAAGAAAAGAUGUUAGCAAGGUACAACGAUUAGAACAGAGAGUACAAAGUCUUGAAGGUGAGCUUAGAGAAGCUGCUGCCAUUGAAGUUGGUCUUUACUCGAUAGUUGCAGAGCAUGGGAGUUCUGUUAAUAAAGUUCAUGCCCCAGCUCGGCGUCUUUCUAGGCUGUACCUGCAUGCAUGCAAAGAGAAUUCCCAAUCUAGGAGAGCAAGUUCAGCAAGAAGUAUUGUUUCAGGAUUGAUUUUGGUUGCGAAAGCUUGUGGAAAUGAUGUUCCAAGGUUGACUUUCUGGUUGUCAAAUUCUGUCGUACUGAGAGCAAUUAUAGGCAAUACUUUCGAACAAGAGCAUUCAGCAACUUUUUCUGAACAAUUAAGCAAAAAGAACGCGGUGAAGUGGAAGAAAGAGUCUUUCUUGAAGGAGAAUAGGACUGGGAUGCGUUCGAAUGAAUGGGAGAGCCCUUGUAACUUCACUUCUGCCUUGGAAAAAGUAGAAUCUUGGAUCUUUUCACGAAUCGUCGAGUCAGUCUGGUGGCAGACUCUGACCCCAUAUAUGCAAUCUGCUGCUGCAAAGGCUAUUGUUAGAAUUGUGGAUUCUGGGUCUGGUAAAAAGACAUCGAGCUCACAUGAUCAAGAGCAAGCAAACUUCUCCAUGGAGCUUUGGAAGACUGCUUUCAUGGAUGCUUGUGAAAGGAUUUGUCCCGUUCGAGCUGGAGGACAUGAUUGCGGUUGCUUGCCUGUGCUUUCUAGAUUGGUAAUGGAACAGUGUAUGGCUAGAUUAGAUGUGGCUAUGUUUAAUGCUAUCCUUCGUGAAUCUGCUGAUGAGGUUCCAACUGAUCCUGUAUCUGACCCAAUCAGUGAUGCCAGAGUCCUUCCUAUUUCAUCAGGGAAGGCAAGCUUUGGGGAUGGUGCACAGCUGAAAAAUGCGACAGGAAACUGGUCCAGGUGGCUUACUGAUCUAUUUGGUAUCGAUGAUGAUUCUUUUGAAGAUGGUGAUUAUGAUGCAUCAUUCAAAUCUUUUCACCUCUUGAAUGCACUGAGUGACCUCAUGAUGCUUCCAAAGGAUAUGCUUUUAAGUAGCACCAUCAGAAAAGAGGUGUGUCCUACUUUUGGUGCACCAUUGAUAAAGAGGAUACUUGAUACUUUCGUCCCGGAUGAGUUUUGCCCAGACCCUAUUCCUCUAGUCGUGCUUGAAGCACUAGAUUCAGAGGAUUCAUUGGAGGGUGGGGAAGAUUGUGUGAUGAGUCUCCCCUGUGCAGCGGGGUCAGUUGUAUAUCAGGCGCCUUCUUCAAUACGUUGCAUACUGGGAGACGGUGGAAGUCAGUUGACACGCGGUGGAUCGAUCUUGAGAAAGUCAAACACGAGCGAUGAUGAACUUGAUGAUUUGAGUUCACCUUUGACUGCUAUCAUCGAUACCAGUUGUAGGAGGAACCCAACAAAGACCAGUUCGAGAUUGAAGGAUGGUGGUAUUAGGUAUCAACUCCUUAAAGAGGUAUGGAUGAAUAAUGAAUAGAGUGAGGUUCAUGGGAUGAGAUAUUCUGAAAAUACUGCAACUAAAAGGUAUAACCACCCUGAGAUGUAAAUACUAAACAGGCAGAUUAUAUUUCGUUAUCUGGAUUUUCUUCUAGUAAUGGCUUUUUGUUGGCCUUCUUGUGAUUCAUACGUAUGUAAUUACGUGAAUUUAGAAAUUUUUUAUGUAAAACGAGCAGAAACGUUUGCAUUAAUACCCUUGUGAUGUUUGUGUUA